AUGGUUUCUCACAUUUCACUUAUUGUGGUCAUGAUCUCUGUAAAAAACAACCGCUCAUGCUCAGAUGGAGUUGCCAAAUACAAACUUACUAAGGAUUUAUCUCAAGCUAUCAGAUUUAAAUAUUUCUUUUCUGCACACCAACCACCUCAGACAUUUAUGAAUGGAGACAUUGUAUUUAUCUCUGGUAAAUAUGUUGUCGAAAAUUCUGAGCCGUAUUUCACUAUUGCAUACUCAAGCAUUAUUGACAGUGGUAAUCCCAAUCGCGAAUUUGAUAUAAGUGAUGUACCUAUAAGCAUCCCUCAUUGCAUUUACUCUGUAACUGUUAACCGUGAGCCAAAAAAAGUUGAAAAUUUUAUCCACUUUGGAGCAGAAACUAUCCAAUAUAAUUCCAUCACCAGUAAACCUGAAGUUAAAAUGAAUAUAAUGAUUAUUUAUCCUCAUGAAUCACCCAGGUUUAAAUACUUAGGCCAUUUGGGCUCUAAUAUUAAAUUACAAUCUAACUAUUUUGUAUCCGGACUUCUUAAAUUUUCAAAAUCUGGUAAAAUUAUGAUUGAGGCCACCGAUGUUGAUUAUCUAAAAACCUCUACUAUCAAUAUUACUAGAACUGAAAGUUCUCAAUCAGCAACAGAAGGUGCACCUUCAAUAAUUGAUAUCAUCGAUGAUGAUCUUGAUUCUAUUGCCACGCAACAACAUAAUUCAUUUAAAUCUUCGACCAAUGCUAAUAGUAAUGUUGACCGAUCUCAUGAUACAAUAAAAUCAGAUAUUAUUAAUACUAAUUAUAAAGUAAACCGAUCUCGUAAUAUAAAAAAAUCAGAUAUCAUUAAUACUAAUAAUAAAGAUAACCAAUUCCAUGAUACAAAAAAUUAUCAUACUACCGUUGAAGAUUAUCUGAGUGAUGAAGUACAAUCUGAUAAUGGAGACUUUUAUGAAAAACCUAAUGAUUCAGCUGAUAUUAAAAACUUGCAA